UUUCUCUCUCCCGAUUGAGCUGCACCUUGCGCGUGGAUCUACCUCCCACACACACACCUGCAAUAGAACUCCUCCUACUCCAUUCAUCAGGGUUCAAAAGUAGUUAACCAAUACAUAUCGACAAAAUCUGACAUCAUUGUCUCGGCAAUUCCAUCCGCGCAGCUUAAACUUUCUUCCUUCCGUCACCAUGUCCAAAGCCGGAACUUGGAUAAAGAUGUUCGUCGUCGGCACAGUGAUCUGUGUCGGCGGCCCCGCUCUCGUCCAAUCAAUCCGUCCUACCGAUGAGGAAUUGUUUAAGCGGUAUAACCCCGAGCUUCAACGGCGGAGCUUGGAGGAGGGAGAUCGUCGUGCGCAGGAAUUCGAUGAUUAUGUGAAUCGGUUGAAGCAGUGGUCUAAGUCGGAUAAGUCGAUCUGGGUUGCGGCUCAGGAACAACAGGAACAGAUGCGGACACAGGCUGCGGUGCAGCGGAGUCAGGUGAAGGAUGAGGCGAAGGCACAGCGUGAGGAGAUGCGUAAGGAGUUGCUGGGUGAGAAAUGAAAAUCUCGUGGAUAUGUGUGGUGGUUCAAAGGAAUAUCGGGUCUUGGCUUUACCCCCAGAUAUAUACCUUUAUCUUGUACUUAUACCCAUGGUCACUGGGCCGAGGGGAGUCAAAAGCUUUGUGCAUGAAUCAUGGGCGAGUCUUUUUGCCGGGAGUUUUUGGUUGGGCGCUUUCUUGUUUGCAUAUAUGAAAGAAUCUGGAUGAGAUGAUUGUAUAGUAUUCUCUACAGGCGUAUUCUCUGUUCUCAAUCUAUUCUGUGGCUGCAAUCUAUCUUAUGCAGCGGGUAACU